AGCCAGGAUUGCAGCAUACGGACUUGCAUUUGGGCUGUCCUCUAAUUGUUGAGGAAACUUUAGAAGAGAAAAUAGCCGCGAUACGGGCAGCAAGGGCUGACGGUUGCGGAAGUUCUUUGGUCUUGAGCAAGCCAUGAACGCCAAGGACUUUAUCUUUCACAAGAGAAAGGGAGAGGCUCUUAUUAAACCGCCUGGCAGCAUCAAUGGAAAUGGAUUUGUACUGGACACCCUGCAAGACUGCGAGGUCUACAUCCUCGACCACAGCUCGCAAGUGCAAGUGGACGACUGCAUAAACUGCAAGAUCUUCAUAGGUCCCACCGACGGCUCCGUCUUCCUGCGCGACUGCCGCGACUGCGAGCUGUGUGUUGCCGCGCGGCAGCUCCGCACUCGGGACUGCCACGGACUGGACAUGGCGCUCUACUGCGCCACGCAGCCCAGCAUCGAGACCAGCACCCGCAUCACCUUCAGCUGCUGGCGGGGCGCCUACCCGGGCCUCUCCGAGCACUUCAAGCGGGCUAGGCUGGACCCCGACCGCAAUACGUGGAUGCAGGUGUACGACUUCAACAGCAAGGAGGAUCUGGGUGCCGUACACUACCAGCUGGACGAGUCGGUGCGGCCCUGGUGGAUAGCACCACCGCCUCCUGCCUCUCCUUCCCUUCCUCCUCCGACACAUCAGCAGCAGCAGCAGCAGCCGCAUGCUGAUGGCAGCACCAGCACCGGCAGCAGCAACACUGCUGGUGUUGACGGCGGCGGUACGAGCGGCGGCGGCAGUAGCGGCGCUGCUGGGGAGUGGGCGGCGGCGCCGCCGGAUUGCCCCGUGGCAGCUGCGGAUGGGUCGCUGUUCGGUGGGGGCCGGCGGGAGCCCCCACCGCCGCCCAAGUCGCCUACAGGCUCCCCCCUGCCCGCCAGCCUUCCUCCCAGCCCGGGUCGUGCGGCCGCCUAUGACGAGGAGGUGGAGCUGGAGGACGAGGAGGAGGAGGGGGAGGAGGGGGACG